UCCUCUUCUAAUAAAUUCUAUCUCUCUCUCUCGCUCUUUUUCCAUCUCUCAAUUGAUUACCAAGCAGGAUCGGUUCUUAGAAUUUUGGCUCUCUCUCUUUCGCUCUGAUACUUUGUUGCGCUUUGAAAGAUUCUUGAAAUUUAGAACGAUGACUGGGGAGUUGACCGAGAACUCUUCCGACUCUGGCGCCGGCGAGGGCUGCAUGAAUUUGCUGAAGACUCUGGGGCGUGAGGAGAUUUUGGAGGUCUUGUCUGAAGGGUUUUGCUGGCAGUGUUAUCCUCUUCUGGAGGCUCGUAUUCGACGCAUUCUCAACAGAAAAGUGAGGGAAAUACCCAAGUGGAAUGAAGGCAUUGAAGGUUCAGACUCUUUCUACAGGAGGACGCCUCAUAAGCGAAUGCGUACUCUCGAGAGCCCUCCCCAAACACCUGAACACAGCUACUUGUCAAGGCGGAAAAGAUUCACAUCUAAUUUUUCUGGCGAAUCAGUUACCGACAAUCGUAAUUCAUUUGAACAUUCGGAUUUGAAAAUAUUACUGAAAGAUGGACUAGGCAAAGUUUCCUCUGGGUUUGAUAAUGGUUUAUCCGAGGAGAAAAAUGAGCAAAUUAGAAUAUCUCAAGUUAUCAGGAAAAAAGACUUCGAAUAUACUGAGAGGAUAGAUGGGGGGAGACAAAUAAAUGUGCUUGGAGGCCUAGAGCUUCACACUCGGGUGUUUAAUACCAAGGAGCAGGAGAAUAUUGUGGAAUAUGUCUACUUGUUGCAAAGCAUGGGGCAAAGAGGGAAACUAAGAGAACGUACAUAUUCAGAACCUAGAAAAUGGAUGCGCGGUAAAGGGCGUGUCACAAUACAAUUUGGUUGCUGUUACAAUUAUGCAAAGGAUCAAAAUGGGAAGCCUCCAGGCAUAAUAAGAGAUGAAGAAGUGGAUCCCAUACCAUCUCUCUUUAAGAAAGUUAUCAAGAGGAUGGUUAGAUGGCAGAUUUUGCCUCCAACAUGUAUCCCUAACAGUUGCAUUGUCAAUAUAUAUGAAGAAGGCGAUUGCAUUCCCCCUCACAUUGACCAUCACGAUUUUGUCCGACCGUUUUGCACUCUUUCACUCUUGAGUGAAUGCAAUAUUGUUUUUGGUUCGAAUUUGAAGGUUGUUGGUCCAGGGGAGUUUUUCGGGCCUGUCUCUAUACCAUUGCCUGUCGGAUCGGUGUUCAUUCUAAAUGGUAAUGGAGCCGAUAUUGCUAAACAUUGUGUUCCAGGAGUCCCAACAAAAAGGAUUUCCAUAACUUUCAGGAAAAUGGACGAAAGCAAACUUCCAUACACGUUUUUACCCGACCCUGAAUUGGUUGGAAUCAAGCCUCUUAUUUGUUCUCCCUUGAACACACCACGCAUUCAAAUCCAGCAUGAUCUGGAUGAGCAGCUCAUUGAGAAAGAUGAGUUUCAUCCACAAGACAACUUAAAUGCACAUAAUAGAUCAAGUGAGAGGCUAGUGAGAGAGACCAUUAGAGGCCGAAGAUGGCAUCACGAGAGACCAUAUGAGGGUUCCCGACAUGUCAUCUCGAGAGACCAUCUAAGGCUUCCAGAAACGUCAUCACGAGAGACCAUUCGAGAGCUCCCAAUCCCAAGAAGGAAUGUACGACCAGAGACUAUCCAUGGGUUCCCAAAACCAAGAAGGAAAUUACUACCCAAGCAGCUGUCACAUUAAUAGCAAGAAUUGAAUAAGGAAAGAUGCAAUCGCCAAGUUUUGGAUUUUAGUUAUAGAUUUUAUUUGAUUUCAGUUUUCUGUUAUUACAGGAGCUUCCUUAAUAGGCUUAGAAUUUUCCUUGUGCUCCAAGCAUUUACCGAAGGUAGGUGUGUGUAAUGUUAAGUUUUGAAUUUUUGAGAAGUUCAUAAAUUUUACUGCAGAUUUUUAUAGUUUUUUUAAACUUUUUGGCUUGUGUCUAUCUUUUAAUUAGAAGACGAAGAAGCUUUUGAUUGUU